AUGCCGAGGUUUAUCGAAAGUCGCACAUGGAGACUUCUUCGCAACGUGCCAGCCAGAUACCAUCGACUUGUGCGAGAGGCUCUAUCAUUGAGACAGAAGAUCACAGUGUCUCGCCAAUCCAUCCACUUCCUACAUCGUUGUCUGACUCAUCGCGUGGUACCAAGGUUCAUAGAUCAAAAGCAACUUCACGUUCUGUGCGGUGUACCAAAGAACAACAGACAAUUGGUGGACAUCCAAACGCGUCUUCUUCGAACAUGCCUACGUGCCAAACAAGACGAAUUACACGCUAAUAUCAAGAAAUGUUUGUCGAAAGAACUGUCAUGUUCACUAUUUUUGGAUGAACGCUUUUGGAGGAGAACAGUGGGUGGGUCGAUUUCGAUAUGUGAUUCUAUUCGGUCUAAGACUAAGUCCGCUUUACGGAAAAAGUUCGACAGUUUGCUUAGUAGGUCACGUAGUGAUAGUGCACAAAAGUAUCAAAAAACAUUCCGCUCUGACCUUAGCCAUCGCGAAACUACUGCUAACGAGCAAUCUUUGUCUGCCACCUCUCGAGUUACCGUACUUGGAGGCAUUUCUAUAUCAAAGAAGAUACAAUCAGCGCUGGAAUUAGGACCUAGUUUCUCACCAUCUCAACCUAUUUCUACCGCGGUUCUGCGAAAAAUCGCAUGCAAUCUACAAGAACUUCAAGAUCGUCUCCGUCAAAAAGCAAAAUCAAAAACCACUGAGACUGCCCAGCAGCAGUCUAAAGCGCUUCCGCCUAUACUCUUCCCACGUACUUUCUUUAGACAACAGGAACCUAACGCAGUGGUGGAUAUUAGUAUCCGUCUUUUUGCAGAUGAACUAUUCAACGUUUUAGAUCGCUACAGACGGAGAAAGUGUCACCCAAACAUCACUCAUGAACAGCGCUUAGGCAUUAGGGAAGUUCGAGAGCUUGUUAAGUCUAAAACUAUCAGAUUAUCCACCAGUGACAAGGGUGGGGAAUUUGUAGUCAUUCCUCGUCAUCUAGACGAAUCCCUCACAUUAUGUCACCUCCAAGACAGCUCCCUCUAUAGCUCUUCCACUGUCGAAGAAUUUCUAGCGCAACACCGUAGACUCAAUAGGGUAUGGAUGAGUACCAGCAAAUCAACGCAAUUACCACAGCUUAAAACAGAGUUACCUGUGUGUCCUGUCUUGUACCUCCUAAUAAAAACUCACAAGCUGAACUCUGAUAGUGAGCUUGCCUCUGAAGAUCCUUCAACGUUCAAGAUGGUCGGGCAACUAUUUUGCGCAAAUCAGGGGGGACAACGGUUGGCGUGGGAUCUUGCCAUGGGACAACGGUUGGCGCCAACGCUCGCCAUUGCUUUCAUGGCUAAGAUUGAGGCACCGAUUUGGGAAACACGAUUUUUGCUAUAUUGCCGAUAUAUCGACGACUGUUUCCUUGUCUGUUCGUCUCAAGCAGAGAUGGACAACUGUUUCAAGAUUUUAAAUGAGCAGUCGGAGUAUAUAACGUUCACUCGGGAUAAGCCCAAAGGAGAAUGGUUACCCUUCCUUAACGUCCAAGUGCAUAUUUCAAACAGAACGCACAGGACAAAGUGGUACCGCAAACCCAGUAAUAAAAAUAUCUUAGUUCACUUUCUUUCUGCCCAUCCCACACAAGUUCAAAGGUCGGUAGUACGAAACAUGUUUCGCACGGCCACCUCCGUUUGCACUGGAAGAGAAGAAAGACGAGAAUCUAUCGAGCUUGCUAGGAAAAUUGCGGUCACUAACGGCUACACACCUAUGCGGUCUAUCACAAAAAGAGCACAAACCCGAAAUAAAUCUGGUAUGGAGAAAGUACCCUUUUGUGUACUAUUUAUUUCCGAUGAGGUUAGCGCUGCUAUUCGGCGGUUUCUGAGGAAGGCUAAACUUGAAGAAUCUGUCGCCAUCGUGGAGCUCCCCUCUAGUUGCCUUAAGCAAAUACUCAUUCGUAAUCGCCUAUAUGAUCGUAUUUGCACGACACCGGAGUGUAAAAUAUGCCCGGAUAACAACGAGGGUGAUUGCAUGAGUUCAUGUGUUGUUUAUAUGAUUUGCUGUGUACAGUGUGGUGACGAAUACAUAGGAGAAACAGCUAGACCACUAUGUAUUCGAAUCAAAGAACACCUGGACGGCAAAAGGAAAUCAUGUGACUCCACUGCAUUGGGUGGUCACAGGGUGCGGCGUCAUAACGGAGAAGAUUUUGUAGUUAAGAUCACGAUUUUGGCGCGCGAACCUAGCAUUGCGGCGCGCAAGGCUCUGGAGGCUUUUUGGAUCCACUCCAAGAGUCCAAAAAUGAAUCGCAAGGAGGAAUGCCUCUCCAUUACGCGGGAACUCGCGCCUUAUUUAAGGCUGAUAUUUGGCUCUGAAGAAGGCGAUAUUGCCGAAACGUUAGCCACGAAUAAAGGACUAUAA